AGCAGGCGGAGGCCUGGGUGCUGGCGGGGUGGCCCAGCCCGUCUCCUGCAGGGUCCGUGUGCUCGCCCCUCUGCGGCCGCCUGCAGUGUCAGGGUCACCCGGGGAGGAGGGGGGGAGGCCAGGGUGUCUGCAAGGGAAGUGAGCUUAGACAGAAUGGCUCCUUGGCUGUGUUUAUGUAAAGGCCGGGUGUGACUUUUGUCACUAAAAUGGAAAAAAGAAACAUGAAGUUUGCAGCCUCCUCCUCCGCUCCGCCGCUGUCUCCCUCUCUCUGCCCCCUCUCGGGUAUCUCUGACGCACACUGGGCCCCACUGCUGCUGCCACUGUGAAGGGCCUCGCAGCGGAAUUCGCUCACUAGGCAGAUUCCUCAGAACAGGUUUUCCUCACCUUUGGGGCCCCGGCCCUUCAGCGGGGGGGCCGGGGGGGUGCCUGCAUGUGUGUGCGCGCACUCUCAGUGUGCAUACCACUGUGAACCACCCACCCUGGCCUAGAGGAGCAGUGUGCACUCAGGGAGGAGUGGGAGGGCACUAUGGCUGGGCCCCUGGGCCAUGGGGGCGGGGAGGGGGCCGGCUGCUGCCUGAGCCCUGCACGACAGGUGCAGGAGACGGAACCCUAGACCAGAACCUAAGAGUCCUGGCGGCCCCACCACUUCCUCACAGGCACUUUCCCUGCGUGAGCCUCAGUUCCUCAUCCGUAAAGGGGCAGCAGCGACAUGGCCUACGCAUCUUCCAAGUGACGGUGUCGGGACCGUGCCUGUACCAGCCCCUGUCAGCUCUCUGCCAGCCAUGAGAAUCCACUGCUUUGUUAGCAGCCACAGCAGUAAGCGCUUGGUUAGCACUGGCGCCCUCCCCAGCACUGCUGUCGGGUACGAUCCCUCACCUAGUCCUCACCACGCCACCAUGGAAACGGGCGCCGUCAUCAAUUCCCAUCUUCAGGGGAGGUGGACCCAGGUCCUGAGCGUUAAUUUGCCCUCAGUGACUUAGCCGGUAAGGGGGAAAGCUGUCUGGGUAUUUGAACCCAGGCAAGGGAUUUGAACCUGGGUAUUUGAACACAACCCAGGUCCUGUGCUCUGAAUUACUCUGUUCUGCUGCCCUCCUGGAACAGGCGCUGGGUCUCCCUGUGCACCUGCCACACACAUACUCACAGACAUACACAUCGGUUUCCGCGUCUGCAGCAGUCCAUGGCAGAGACCCGGAUGCUAAGGCCGUAUCCCUGCCCGGGGCGUGAGAACCUACAUACAUCCCUGCUGCUGUCCGAGUGGGUGCUGGCUGUGGCGCACAAAAUGUUGAUGAGUCAGAGGAGGGAGAGAUUGUCCUUGCCCUGUGGGUCGGGGACGGCCAAGAAGGAGAUGACAUUUGACUCAGAUCUUAACAUUUUGAAGAGAUGUUGGGAAGAGAUGGGGGAAAGGACGUUUCUGGCAGGGGAGCCAGUAGGCGAAGGCAUGGAGGUGUGGGGCGUGUGGAGCUGGGAGGGCGCUCCGGGUGUCUGAGAGGUUAACGGGAGAUUGGAACUAGACCAGAGAGCCUUUGAGUGCCUGGUGGAGGGAUUUGAGCUGUAUUCCUGAGUCAUUAGGAACCAGUGAAGGGUUCUGAACCCGCUAUAUCUGCAUCGGGGAUGUCGACUCUCAGUUGGACGGAAGCAGGUAGCCUGGAAGCAGGGGGAGAGCUGGCCGGCCGUGGCCGUGGCCGUGGCCGGUGUGAGUGUUGACAAGGAUCUGAACCAGCUUAGGGGCCAGCGGCAGGUUGGAGGGAAGGCUUCGAGAGCCAUCCCAAGCUCAGCUGCAGCUUCAGCCAGACUUGGUGACUGUGGGUCUGGGAGCGAGGGAAGGGUGGAGUCAGACAUGACACACUUAGCACUUAGCACGUGAGACCUUGUGUGGUGAUUUAUGUAAUCAGCUGGCCGCCAUAGGCCCCUUCUGGGCAGGCGCCAGCAGUACGCCAGAGGAGGAUUCGGCAUCUGGGGGUCAGCCGGGCCUGGAUUCGAAUCUUGACUCUGCUACUUAGGGCUGAGUGUCCUUCAGCAAGGCACAUCCCUGGCUGAGCCUCUGUUUCCUGUCAAAUGGGGAAAAUAUAAACACCUCCCGUGGGUGGCUGUGCGGAGGAGGCGAUGCUCGGUGAGCCCCUGGAAGUGUCAAGCAAGCUGGGGAAGAGGCCUGGCACAGGGGACCUGCUGAGCCACGGCUGCUCCGCUCCAUGCUGGCUGCGCUGUCAGGCUGGCGCCAUGCCCCCCCCCGCAGAGGUGACGGACCCGUCCCAUGCCCCCGCCGUCCUGCGCCAGCUCAAUGAGCAGCGGCUCCGUGGCCUUUUCUGUGACGUCACCCUCAUAGCCGGAGACACCAAGUUCCCUGCUCACCGCAGCGUCCUGGCUGCUUCUAGUCCCUUCUUCAGAGAGGCCCUGCUCGCUUCUGCGCCACUGCCCCUCCCACCACUUACUGGGGGCUCAGCUCCCAACCCUGCUACCACCACAGCUGCCUCCUCCUCCUCCUCCACCUCCUCUUCCUCCUCCUCCUCCUCUCCCCCUCCAGCCUCUCCCCCUGCUUCCCCCCCACCCCGGGUCCUGGAGCUGCCAGGGGUCCCAGCAGCGGCCUUCUCUGAUGUCCUCAACUUCAUCUACAGUGCCCGGCUGGCACUCCCUGCUGGUGGCGGGGACGGAGCCGCCGUGGCCGAGAUCGGAGCUCUGGGGCGGCGUCUGGGCAUCUCCCGCUUGCAGGGCCUGGGGGAGGGAGGCGAUGCCUGGAUACCUCCUGCCCCAGCCCCUGUGGCCCCGUCGCAGCCUGAAGAGGGCGGCUUCGGGCCUAGACCAGCUGGAGAGUGGGAGGGUGACGGGGCCGAGGCCCAGGCCCCUGACUCCCAGCCCUCUCUGUCCCGGAGGUCCCUGCCCUGCCCCCGAUGCGGAAAAAGCUUCAUCCAUCCCAAGCGGCUGCAGACCCACGAGGCCCAGUGCCGCCGGGGGGCCAGCACGCGGGGGGCUGCAGGGCUGGGCCCCGGGAGUUCUGGCCCCGGUGGUCCCGCAGGAGUGGACGCCUCAGCGCUGCCCCCGCCGGUGGGCUUCCGAGGUGGCCCUGAGCACGUGGUGAAGGUGGUGGGUGGCCAUGUGCUGUACGUGUGCGCGGCCUGCGAGCGUUCCUACGUGACCCUGUCCAGCCUGAAGCGGCACAGCAACGUCCACUCAUGGCGGAGGAAGUACCCCUGCCGCUACUGCGAGAAGGUGUUCGCCCUGGCUGAGUACCGCACCAAGCACGAGGUGUGGCACACCGGGGAGCGCAGGUACCAGUGCAUCUUCUGCUGGGAGACUUUUGUCACUUAUUAUAACCUGAAGACCCACCAGCGAGCCUUCCAUGGCAUUAGCCCGGGCCUCCUGGCCAGUGAGAAGACACCCAAUGGAGGCUACAAGCCCAAGCUCAAUACCCUCAAGCUGUACCGCCUGCUCCCCAUGCGGGCAGCCAAGCGGCCCUACAAGACCUACAGCCAGGGGGCCCCUGAGGCCCAGCUCUCUCCAAGCCUCCGUACUCCGGCCCCCGUGGCAAUGCCAGCCAGCUCCCCUCCCAGACCCCCACCUGCCCCCGAGCCCGGCCCCCCGCCCUCUGUCAUCACGUUCGCUCACCCGGCCCCCUCUGUCAUUGUCCACGGGAGCAGUAGCAGUGGUGGAGCAGGAGGUGGGCCAGCAAGCACUGGAGGGUCCCAGGCCGCCUCCGUCAUCACUUACACUGCUCCCCCAAGACCCCCCAAGAAGCGGGAAUACCCACCCCCACCCCCUGAGCCUGCAGCCACACCCACGGGCCCUGCCACUGCUGUUUGCCCAGCCACCCCGGCAGGGCCAGCCUCGGCCUCUGCGGAGGAGGCCAAGGGCCGGAAUCCCCGGGCAGGGAGGACCCUGACAUACACAGCCAAGCCCGUGGGCGGGGUUGGUGGGGGCGGGGGUCCCCCCACAGGCCCUGGCCGGGUCCCCUCUCAGCUACAGGCUCCGCCUCCACUGUGUCAGAUCACUGUGCGAAUUGGGGAGGAGGCCAUUGUCAAGCGCCGCAUCUCAGAAACUGACCUGCGUCCUGGGGAGCUGAGCGGAGAGGAGGUGGAGGAGAGUGAGGAGGAGGAGGACGAGGAGGAGGAGGACGAGGAGGAGGAGGACGAGGAGGAAUCGAAGGCUGGUGGGGAGGACCAGCUCUGGAGGCCCUACUACUCCUAUAAGCCUAAGCGCAAGGCCGGAGCCGCUGGCGGCAGCGGCGGCGGGGUGCCCCGGAGCCGCCGGCUCCCGCGCUGGAGGCAGAAGCUGGAACGGAGGAGCUGGGAGGAGACCCCGGCGGCGGCGGCGGAGGGCCCGGCAGGGCGGGCCCGCGGCGAGCGGAGGCACCGCUGCGGGGACUGCGCCCAGACCUUCGCCACCUUGAGGAAGCUGCGCAAGCACCAGGAGGCCCACAGCGGGGGCUCGCACGGCUCCCGGGCCGGCAGGAGGCCCUCCACCCGCUUCGCCUGCCCGCAGUGCGCCAAGGUGUGCAAGACGGCAGCCGCCCUGAGCCGCCACGGGCAGAGGCACGCGGCCGAGCGGCCUGGGGGCGCGCCCACCCCCGUCAUCGCCUAUUCCAAGGGCAGCGCUGGCCCCAGGCCCGGCGAGGUCAAGGAGGAGGCCCCGCAGGAGAUGCAAGUCUCCUCCUCCAGCGGCGAGGCGGGCGGCGGGAGCGCGGCUGCGGAGGAAGCUUCCGAAACCGCUUCGCUCCAGGACCCGGUCAUCUCGGGGGGUGAGGAGCCCCCGGUGGCGGCAGGGGCGGGCAGCUACGCGUACCAGCCCGUGCAGGAAUUUCCACUGGCUCUGAUUGGGAGCGGCCGGGAGAAACCUGGGAGUGAGGGGCCAAUGGGAGCCCCAGAGGGGGACCGGAUGGAAGGGAUGGGGGCUGCCAAAGUCACCUUCUACCCUGAGCCCUAUCCACUGGUCUAUGGCCCCCAGCUCCUUGCCGCCUACCCGUACAACUUCAGCAACCUGGCUGCUCUCCCAGUCGCUCUCAACAUGGUCCUACCUGAUGAGAAGGGUGGAGGGGCCCUUCCCUUCCUACCGGGGGUCUUUGGCUACGCAGUGAAUCCUCAAGCAGCACCCCCUACUCCCCCGACUCCACCUCCCCUAACUCUUCCCCCACCAAUCCCCCCUAAGGGAGAAGGAGAAAGGGCAGGGGUUGAGAGAACCCAGAAGGGAGAUGUGGGGUGAGCUCUGGGGCCAGACCCCCCUUUCACCAGAUGCCACCCUCCCUGCACCCCCCACCACUACCAGCUUCCUGGCCUCCCUGGCCCUUGGGAGCCCCUCCACACUCUUGUGCAGGGACUCGGGGGGCCCCUGGAGCUCAGGGGCCAGGCUGCUUUGUGUGAGAUUGUAGUUUUCCCAUCUCCUAGGAAGGGAUCUUUGGUGGUUCCCCCUCUCGAUCUUCCUCCAGGGAAUGGCCCCCAAGAGGGGCAAGGGCCAGCUCCCAUCCUUCUCAGCCCUCGGGGCACUGAGCAAUAUACUUAUCUGAAUCUCUACUCACAACCCCCACCAGCUCUGAAUGUCUAACCUGCUCCCCUGAUUCGCAAAUUUAGGGGGAAACCAUCUCUCUCACCUAAGGAGCGCCCCUAGUUCUCCGAAGCCUUCUCUAAGCCCCGCCCCAGAUGCUUCCUAGCACAUUCCAUUCUUUGUGGCCCAGAGCCUGGACCAGACCAUUGUGAUGCCCGACCCCCUCCCGUGGGAGCAGGGGUUUCCUCCGUCGCUUGGAGAGGUCACGCCUUCCUUGGCUUCCAUGCCUUCGGAGCUUCCAUACUCCUCCCCACCCUCCUAGACUUCGGAGACAGCCUCUCCCAGUCCAGGUCAGGGAGGUGUUGAGGGAAGGGCUACCUUUCUGUUCCUGUUACCUGGGGCAGGGAAAUCAUGGCCCUAUCUUGACCUCCAAAUCCAGUGAACCCCAGAUACUUCCAAGGCAAAGGAGGUGAAUAGAUCACACCUCUUCCUGCCUCUACGUAGAGCCUCUUCUGGGCUAAACCAGAUUUGGGGGCCAGAAGGGAAGAAAUCCACAUGGGUUGGAGAAGGGAAGCUACUUCCUGUUUUUUUCCUGCUGGUUUCUCCCAGACUAGACCAAAUAGCCAGAAAAAUGAUGGGGGGUUGGAUGGGUGGGUUACGCCCAAGAUUUGCACAUGACCUUCCAUCCUCACCGUUAUCCCCGUCUUUCCCAGUGUCGCUGCCCUCACCGAUCACUCCAGAUGGUUUUGGGGGAACCAUCCUAUCCUCCCGGUGGGCUUUGGGGUAUCCCCACCGGUUUUUCCCUCCAAAAUAGCACCUUACACCCCAUCUUUGACUCAGUUCCCCACACCCAAAGAUCCCAGCUUAGGGAUGGGGUGCAGGGACCUGCAGUAGUCCCUGACCCCUAAUUUGCACUAGUUAACCCUGGUCAGGGUCCCUGUACUUCCUUCCAGUGGGGGAGAUGAGGAAACCCUUGCUCCUGAUUCUCUGAAAACUGGGCCUCCCGCUCUGUGAUGGGAUGGACAUUUCCCAUCCUACCCACCACCUCCCACCCUGCAAAAGACAAAAAAAUAAAUAAAAAACAGCUCACAAAGGGGAGAGCCAGUUUAGGGGAGCAAAUUUAACACACGGGGAUUAGAGGAGUGCAGUUUCAAAAGGGGAAAAGUUGCUGCCACCAAAGUGGCCGCCUUUGACCCAGCUACUGUUUUGUUUUUUUGUUUUUUUGUUUUUUUUUUUUUUUUGUGGGAAGGGGGGCCAAGAUGGCUGCCCUCUCAGCAGAUGCUCAGAGGGCAAGACGGUGGCUUUUGGAGGGCAGUGGUCCUGGGGGAGGGCCAGGAGCGUCCUCCCGCCCCCCAGCGUAGAGGAAGGGGGAGGUUUGCGACAUUUCCCUGAAUGUUGACCACGGAGGAGUCACUCCUUCAUUCCUCCUCUGUCUCUUUGCACUUUCUUGGUGUUGGCCACAACCUGAGUGAAGAAUUUCCUACUGAAUGUACCAAGUUCCAAUUUUUAAGGGAGGGGGAGGGGAGUUUCAAACAGGGAAAAAGAACGCAAAAAAAGAAAAAAAGAAAAGAAAAAAAUCACUAAAAAUUCCCACAAGUCUUGUUUCUGGCACUUUAGAAAAACUGCGGAAAAAUACAUAAUAAAGAAUACAUAUAUAUAUCUACACACAAAUUAUAUAUAUCUAUAUAUACAGCGGAACCACAAGAGAGACUGAGGGCCUGGAGGCAGGGGCCGAAGCCAUGAGAGCCCCGCCCCCGUGUCCUCACCCUGCCUCACUCCUCUGGGGCACAGGGCCAGGGAGGGGGCUGAGGAUGGAUCGGGAAUUUGAAUUUCAGAAUAGGUCAAAACUCAACACCAUGCACAUUUUGGGAGAAUCGAGAUCGUAGAUAUUUCUUUUUCAUUUCUGUUUUUGAAAAUACGACUAAGGAGAAUAGCUUCCGGAAUUCGGUGGGUCUGGGCAGCAAACGAGAACCGUGGCGACGUGGAAAAUACAAUAUAUGUAUCUGAGCUGGGGAAUUUGACUACUGUGAGUUUCAGAUGUUGGAAAUUGGGGAAUCUUACAAUUUUGUCUUUUGAAAAUGAUCAGGUCUUCCCCGUGCUCCCUGGGAGGAAGGGCGGUGGGGGGGAGGGUGCGAGGACCGCCGGUUCUGUGCCACAGCACGCAAGAUUUAGAAUUCUACAGACUCUAGCUCUAUUUGUAGUGAGGACCCAGAUUUAGAAAAACUGACCAAUAUUUAUCUCCGCAUUUGUGUGUGUGUCCAACUCUCUAGGCCAAUAAACCAACAGGACAAACAAACUGUGCUCUA